AUGCUUAUCGUUGUUGAGCAAGUGCACUGCCGUGUGCAUAUGGUUGCAGUACCGUGGUUGCUCUGUAUCACUAAACAAUACCGUACCGAAAAAUUGCGAUUUGCUAGAUGUAACUUCACUUCACUGGGGUUCAGUUUGCUCUUCCAAUAUCAAUGUAAUGCAACUGCACUGCCUCUGUUUAGGGUGAUGUCGUGGUGA